AUGGCUGCAAGGGACUUCCCAACGAUCAAGGCCAUUCGCUCCUUUAUUAUCGGCGGCGUAGGCUCCGGUGGUGAUUAUCACAACGUCAAGGGCGGUCACUGGCUCAUUGACUCCGACAUUUCGACACCCUGCUCAAUUUGGGACCAAUACAAGAAGUCGCGGACAAGCUGGGGUAUCAAUGUUUUGGGCUCGUUCCUCGUGGAGAUCGAGGCUACAGAUGGCACCGUGGGUUUCGCAACGGGCUUUGGAGGCCCCCCAGGCUGCUGGCUGGUUCACCAGCACUUUGAACGAUUCUUGAUCGGCGCCGACCCGAGGAACACAAACCUUCUGUUCGAGCAGAUGUACAGAGCCUCCAUGUUCUACGGCCGCAAAGGUCUGCCUGUCGCCGUUAUCUCUGUUAUUGACUUGGCCUUGUGGGAUCUGCUGGGCAAGAUCAGAAACGAGCCGGUGUAUAAGCUUAUCGGUGGCGCUGCGAGGGAACGCCUCAACUUUUACUGCACCGGGCCUGAGCCGACAGCGGCCAAGGACAUGGGUUUCUGGGGAGCCAAGGUGCCUUUGCCCUACUGCCCAGAAGAUGGUCAUGAGGGUAUGAGGAAGAACAUUGCUUUCUUGCGUAAGCACAGAGAAAGUGUCGGACCGGACUUCCCUCUCAUGGUUGACUGCUACAUGAGCUUAAACGUCUCCUACACAAUCGAGAUCGCCGAGAAGUGCAAAGAUCUCAACAUCAACUGGUGGGAGGAAUGCUUGAGCCCCGAUGACACGGACGGCUUCGAGCAGAUCAAGCGGGCACACCCUACUCUCAAGUUCACAACCGGAGAGCACGAGUACUCGAGAUACGGCUUCCGCAAGCUGGUCGAGGGCCGGAACCUGGACAUCAUUCAGCCCGAUGUUAUGUGGCUUGGUGGAAUGACCGAGCUGUUGAAGGUGUCAGCCCUGGCCGCAGCAUAUGAUAUCCCUGUCGUUCCUCACGCGAGUGGUCCCUACAGCUACCAUUUCGUCAUUUCGCAACCAAACACGCCGUUCCAGGAGUACCUGGCCAACUCUCCUGAUGGAAAGAGCGUACUUCCAGUCUUCGGUGACCUGUUCAUUGAUGAACCCAUCCCAACCAAGGGCUUCCUGACCACAGCAGACCUCGACAAGCCUGGAUUCGGUCUCACCCUUAACCCCGCUGCGAGGGCCAAGUUGAUCCCAUCCGAUUACCUUCUGACGCCUCCCCCAGUUGCUGCUCUCAAGCCCGCAGAGCAGAAGGAGGAAUCGAAACCGAACGGAGAGCCGUCCAUUAUCGAGAAACUUACAGAGGGCGUGAAGGACAUGAACGCUGCUUAG